CUUAACUACAAGAUAGAACAUUUAUUACAAUGCUGUGCCUAUUGGCAGAGACCCGAACCUGCAAUACACAUGAGAAUGAAAGGAAACAAACAAGGCAAUAAGAAGCCAUGUAACCCCAAAAAACAAAAAAAGAAGCCAUGCACGAGUGUUGUUCAAAGAACGAAAACUCUGCAACAAGGCGCAAGUCGUUUUCAUGGCAGCGAAAAGUGAAAACCAGUGAAACUCAAACAAACUUGCAAACGAAAAUAAAAGCCAGCAUAAAACCUACUGAGUGGAAUAGCAACAUCCGUUGCAGGUGGCACUACCCAUUUCAGGGAUGAUGUUGUUGCAGAAGCUUCCGGCAAGAAACCAUUCCUUAUAUAUAGUCAAACAACUGAACCACAAGAAUAACGAAAACUAAAAACUCAGGUUGGAUUUUUCAACCAUGAAUCCCUCUUGUAAGUCGGUGCUGCGAAACUGAAGCGAACAAAUAAGCACCCAGGUGGAGAACUGUUCCUCUUUUAGCGAAACCCGUCCAUCUGAAGAAGCGAGAGCGCAAAAAUCUGACGAAAUCGGUUGAAGGAAGAAGAAGUUGUAUGCUAGAUGAUCAAGUUGGCGGAAUCAGCGCGCGCGCGCGCACAGAGCAGCUCUCCUAUUUAGUUGUGAUAAAAUUGUCUUUUAGUUAAAAAGGGAAAAAAAAAAAAAUUGGCGAUAGGCGGACCGAGCGCUGCUCCUUGCACUCCUACUUCGUCGCUUUCAUUUUGCCGUAUACUUGGGGGGCUGCUUUUGACUUCCGGCGAACAUAAAAAAAUUUGUCCCAAGAAACUUCCAAUUAGAUGAAGGCAAAAUCUUUCAAGUUUCCCGCCAAAGCCAGGUCCGCCGCGUUUCUUGCCGCCGUCGCUGCCAUUUCCCUGCCGGCCACUAACUACGUUCUCAAUCUCCCCUCCUCCGAUUCUUUCCCCGACAAAAUCAGCACAGUGAUCCAUGGCAUCUUACGCUCCUCUCGCGCCAUCACCACUGUUGCUUGCACCGUUGCUGACUACAAGUACUCUUUGCGUGGGCUUCAAAAGGACUCCAAUGAGUAUCGUCACGAAAUGUCCGAGGUUCAUCUACGCUCAGCCAAGAGGAUUUUGAAGUUGUGCGAAGCCAAUAAAGGAUUUUAUGUGAAAGCUGGACAAUUUGUUGCUGCCCAGGGUGUGAUUCCCAAAGAAUACUCGUCAACUUUGUCUGCAUUACAGGAUCAGGUUUCUCCUUGUUCUUUCAAAGCUAUAAAAGAAGUAUUGGUGCAUAAUCUGGGACCGAAUUUGUCUGAGAUGUUUUCGUCAGUUAAUGAACAACCAAUAGCUGCUGCAUCUAUUUCUCAAGUUCACCAUGCAGUGUUGAAAAGCGGUCAUGAAGUGGCAAUUAAGGUACAAUAUCCUGAUUUAGAGCAGCAGAUGAAUUUUGACACAAGAACAAUGUCUUUCCUAUCCAAAACCAUCGCACAGUUUUUUCCUGAAUACAGGUUUGAAUGGUUGGCAUCAGCAUUUACGAAGGCCAUAGCAUUAGAACUGGAUUUUGUUCAGGAGGCAAGGAAUUCUGAGAGAGCUGCCAGUAGCUUCAAAAACAACAAAUUCUUCAGGGUUCCACAUGUAUACUGGGAGUUAACAACAAGACAAGUAUUGACCAUGCAGUUUUGUACGGGACACAAGAUUGAUGACUUAGACUUUCUGAAGCAGGCUGGGCUUGAUCCUGAGAAGGUUGCAAGUGCAUUGGUAGAAAUAUUUGCUGAAAUGAUAUUUGUACAUGGUUACAUACAUGGUGAUCCACACCCUGGAAAUAUCUUAGUUUCCCCUGAUGGUUGUAAUGGCUUCUCUUUGGUUCUUCUAGAUCAUGGAAUCUAUUGGGAAUUGGAUGAAAAAUUUAGGAAAGACUUUUGUCAGUUAUGGGAGGCUUUGCUUCUGCAAGACUCAAAGAAAAUAAUGUGUCUUGGUGAGCGAUUUGGCAUCGGGAAGUAUUCUAAAUACCUGCCUAUCAUUUUCACUGGAAGGAAUAUUGAAAGUAAAUCUGGUCUUGGCAGUGGAAUGUCAACUGAGGAGAAAGAAAAUAUGAAAAAGGAGUUGAAGUCUCUUUUAUUUGAGGACUUGUCUCCGUUCAUGGAGUCUCUGCCACCAGAGUUUCUCUCUAUUAUGCGUGUAGACGGGCUUUUAAGGUCUAUCAUCAGAAAGUUAGGCGCCUCACGAUGGAUCAGGUGGCUGGCUUAUGCUAAAUAUGGAAUGUACGGUAUCUAUCAAAAGUUGGAUGCUGAAUCGGAUUUUGCUGCGAAAGCUGUGUUCUUCAGAUUGAUAUCAGAGUUAAAAUAUUAUGAGAUCUUAAUAAAGCUCAUUGUCGGGGAGAUUGAAGCUAAGUUUGUAGUGCCUCUGCUGCAGAAGAUGAAGAGUGCACUAAAUUAUAUGGCAAGAUCCAUGGUGCCUUUUGGGGCGUCCUAACGCAUUGUUGUUUUCUUCUUCUUCUUCUUGUUUUUUUUUUUUUUUUUCGGUUUUUUUGGGUACAAUUAUUUUCUUCUUUUUAUGAUACGUCAUGGUGCAUUGUUAAAUAGAAUUUCAAAUCUUUUUUUUUUUGUGUGUGGGUGUAAUAUAGUUUCAAAUCAUAGAUUUUGGACAUUACGGAUCAGGUAAAGUAAAACAUAAGUUGGGCCCAUGAUUGACAUCAUGAUUGGGCCUGGGCUUGGACCCAAAAAGAAAUAGGUCAGCCCAACCCUAUUUCUCUGAGAUGGAUUCUUAGCGCCACUUCUCGUGUCAUCUUAUGACAAGACUGAAUGGACUAAUCAGCUAUGCUAGAAGAAUAUGGUAUAAUCUCUUAAACCCCAAUUUUACAGCUCAGCUCUUUUCUUAUGAUUUGAUGGGCUGGUUGAAUUUUAAUUUGGGAAUCAUGCUGUUAGUGAUUUUUGAUUGGAAUGGAAUCUGAUAUGGGGAUUCACUAUUUGGAAACUUUGGUGAUGGAGGAACCAAAAUGUUUUUGAUGAUCAAUUUGAGAAGCCCAGAUGUGCGGAACUGAUUAUAAGGGCUACUUGGAAGAAUUUUAUUUCUUCUGACAGAUUGAAUUGUACAGAGCAACAAGCCCUUAAAGCAACAAUUAGUUGGAAACCUCCCCCAAGGGAGUGGGUUAAGCUUCAUGGUGAUGGUGCUGGCUCGAAGAAAGGUAACAAAGCUGCUUGUGGAGGCCUCAUUCGAGACUCUAAGGGUGACUGGAUAGCUGGCUUUACCCAAGAUGUUGGAAUAUGCUCUGCAGCUGACGAUGAAGAAUGGGCCUUGUUUAAAGGGAUGCAAUUGGCUUGGGACUUUGGUUUCAAGAAAAUCAUCGGCGAAAAUUUAUUGUCGAAUGAGCAGAUUGAUUGCUGCUCAACGGUCUAUCGAAGGAUCCGUCAGAUGAUAAGCUUCCAGUGGGAAGUUACUUUUCAAUGUGUUCCAAGAGGAGGUAUUGAGUUUGCUGAUGAACUCGCCAAAAUGGGGUUUCAAGGAUCAAUGUUAUUUGAUACUUGUCAGGGGCAACUCCAAGGGAUACUGAAGAGGGAGAAACAGGGAAUUGGUAUUGAUACUGUAACCUAGGCGUUUGCCUUCCUUUGUACCCAAAAAAAAAAAGAGAGACUAAAUGAACUAAUCAAAUCAAAAUAGAUUUGAAUU